UCAAAGUUGACGGAUGAUUCAAAGAGUUAAAAUUGGCGUUGUUGUGUGUUUGUUUCCGCCUUAUUUUUUGGGAGGGGCCGGUAAGUUUGACCCUUCCCAGCCGCCGUCGCGAGCAGGUUAGCGAUGGGGCGGGGGGGGGGGGGGGCGCUUUCCUUGACGUGGACGCUCAUUUCCGUAAAGAGACGAUGGAGCAAUAGCGGCGCGUCGAGUCCGAGCGAUCCCCGCAUUAAUCUUAAAUCGAGACGGGAUUUGGCCGUCAAUCCCGUUUCGUCUUGACGGGAGUCGCACGCGGAGCUUUUUGGCCUUUUUUUGCUCCCGCCCCGCCUCCUCCACCGCCUCCCCCAGCUCGGCUACAAUCAUGAUAAAAGCAAUUUUAAUAUUCAAUAACCACGGCAAGCCGAGGCUGUCCAAAUUCUACGAGCAUUACAGUGAAGACACGGAGCAGCAGAUCAUCAGGGAAACCUUCCACUUGGUGUCCAAAAGAGAUGAGAACGUCUGCAAUUUUCUCGAAGGAGGAAUGUUGAUCGGGGGGUCCGACUACAAGUUGAUCUACAGACACUACGCCACGUUGUACUUUGUGUUCUGCGUGGAUUCCUCAGAGAGUGAACUCGGAAUUUUAGACUUAAUACAGGUAUUUGUGGAAACGCUGGACAAGUGCUUUGAGAAUGUCUGCGAGCUUGACCUCAUUUUCCACGUAGACAAGGUUCACAACAUUCUGGCAGAGAUGGUGAUGGGCGGGAUGGUGCUGGAGACCAACAUGAACGAGAUCAUCACGCAGGUGGACGCCCAGAACAAGAUGGAGAAGUCGGAGGCUGGUAUUGCAGGAGCGCCCGCUCGCGCCGUGUCAGCGGUGAAGAACAUGAACCUCCCGGAAAUGCCCAGAAACAUCAACAUCGGCGACAUCAGCAUCAAAGUGCCAAAUUUGCCGUCGUUCAAAUAGCGGCACGCGGACGGCCCGCUGCCCGGAGAUGUCGGCCCGAUGUUUCAACGCGAUGCAAUCUGUUUACCAAAACCUCUUACUAAACCUAGUUUUAUCAAAUAAUGGAAGUACUGUGUGAUGUAGAGAAGAAAAGGAAAAAAAAACAAAAACUCUUGGGCUGCUUCGUUUUUCUUUAAAAAAAAAAAAAAUGUUUUCUGCAUUUUUUUUGUUGCAAAAUCAAAAUAUUUAUUUCUCCACGGUACUUCACUAACCCACCCUGUGAUGUUAUGAUAGCUGCUACUCUUCACGUCCUUCUACGUCCAACUGAAGUUAUUUCUCCAACUUGAGUGUUUACUGAAUUUCUAAGAAGAAAUGAAGAUCGAAGGAUGCGGAAAGUAGUUCGUUCCAGAUCAAUAUAAUCGACGGGACCAGUUGGGAUCAAUACAGUAUUGGCAAAAGUGACACUUUUUGCCUUGUGUGAAACCAAACAAAAUGUGGAAGAAUAUGAUGACAUUGCUGAUAUGCUGUCUUACAGAAUUAUGGUCAUGUAUUCUGAAUUUAUAUUUUGUAUCUGUUCAAAUAAUUAGCUUUCUGUGCAUGAUUAUUUUGUCUGCCUUUUACUUUUACAACAUAAUAAAUGAUUGAAACGGA